AUGAAAUCAGCGCAGACAUCAAAACAGCUGGAUCCUGCCAUUAAAAUCUUUGCAGAUAGAAGUGGAACUCCCAAAAAACGAAAAGCACCACCACCACCACCACCACUAAGCAGUACUAUGCAGGGUUCCCAAUCUAGUGAAGUGCCAUUUCCAGAGUCACGUAGCCCUCGUUCAUCAGGAUGUGAGUCAUCAAAAGUAGAAGAAACAUCAGUUAAGGAAAGAGAGAACAAUGAAGAAAUGAGAAAACUUCAAGCAGAGAAGGCAAAUUUGCUGGAGGUGAUACAAAACCUAAAUCAGCAACUGCGAGAUAAAAACCUCCAAGAGGCACAACAAAAUGUCCUCAAAAAGCAUGACUGUAGAAAUAGUGAAGAAGUGCCAUUUGAUACAAUAGGUAGUGGAAGUAAAAAAACUGAAACCUCGUUUGUUGAAGAACCAGACCAAAUAAUGGCAUUGCAAUCCCAAAUUGCUUCUCUUGAGGUGCAAAAUAAAGAGUUAUGGGGUAUAUUGCAGGGAAAGCAUUCACAGGACAUUGUAACGAGCACAUUGCCACAGGAUGAGCAAUCAAGACAAAAUCUAGAAACAUCAUUUGAUUUAAAUUUUAAUUCAGAAGAUUCCCAAAGUACUCUUAAAGCUGAUUAUAUCCAGCUAAAGGAACUGUAUAAGAAUGCAGAAGCAGAAAUUACAAACCUCAGAGCUGAGAUGUUUUCAAAUCUGUCAAAUAGUUCGCUCCAAACAAAAACUUUUGAACAAAGGAACAGUAAUACAGGGGCAAAGGAUGUACCUGACCAAGAAACUCCUCAUACAUUAGCAAUGGGUUUGUUGACUGAACUCUCUGAGGAAAAUAGUCAGACAUUAGGGGAAAUUAACGAGAAUGGUUAUUGUCUUGAAGAGAAACUCCGAGAAACACAGAGCAAAUAUGACGAGGCACUGAAAGAACUUUCCAGUCUGCGAGCACAGGUACAACAGGAUUUGUGCUGCAAGGAGGAACGUAUGCCUUUACCAAAUUUGGAAGAGUUGACUCAGACUUACGAGGAUGAGAUCGAAGAACUAAAGCAAAGACUUAAAAGAGCUUUGGAAGAUGAAGAAAAGGCCAAUAACAACCUGAGAGAAAUGGAAGAACUGCUGGAAAUAAAAGAUAAAAUCUUGGCUAAAUGUAUGUCUGUGGAAGAGUGUGAGGAAUUAAGAAAUUCUCAAAGCUUACUUUUGGAGAAUGUCAAUCAAGAGAAGGCACUAUUAAUUGAGAAGUAUGAGGAAGCACAAGAAGAAAUUAAAAAGCUACAAGAAAAACUGAACCAUCAGACCUCUUCUCAAAGAGACAACUACUUGCAAGAGAUGGUGACAGCACUGAACAGAACAAUCGAUGAUCUGAAUACACAAGUAACUGAAAUCGCACAGCAGUACAAUGAUGCAAAAUGUGAGUUAAAACAACUGAAGAAUAAAAAGACUGAAGUGGCAUCUGAGCAUAUUAAUUCAAACUAUAUCCACAAAGAACAGCAUGAACAACUAGUACAAGUUCUAAAUGAUUCUGUAGAUGAAUUGAAGGAAAAGCUAUCAGAGAUGGAGAUGAAGGUUAAGGAAGCUGAGCAGGACAAUACAAUGUUGCAGAAAGAGCUUGAGCUUCAAAUGCAGACUUCUGUACCUCUCUCUGAACAUAAUCAAAUUAAAAUUACCCUUGAAAAUACAAUAAAAACUUUUAAUGGAAAAGUGCGCCAGAUGGAGCAAGGGCUUGAGCAGAAAGAAAUAGAGCUGAAUAUCUUGCAAGGAAAUUUGGCAACAAAAACAGCUGCUGUUCAAGAAGCAAUGGUUCCAAAAUCAGAGCAUGAGAAGUUAAAAGUUUCAUUAGAGGCUGAGUCCAAUCGAUUAACUGCUAAAAUAAAUGAUCUACUGAAAGAACAAGAAAAGGCAUCUGCUGAAGUUGCACAAGCUCAGAAAGACCACUUGCUAGCAAAGAGUGAGCGCGAUACAGCUCAAGCUCAACUUGGGGCCAAGGAACAAGAAAUCAAAAGGCUUCGUGUUAGAAGCCAUGACAUGCAGCAAACUGUUGAAGAAUUGCAAAAACAGAUUAAAGAGUCCUUGAAGCUGGAAGAAGAUAAAGACAAAAAGAACAGUGAAUUGUCCAAGGAAGUGAGCAAACUAAAAGAGGCACUCAACAGUCUUUCUCAACUUUCUUAUACUGCAAGCACUGUCAAAAGACAAAAUCAACAGCUUGAGACACUUCAGCAGCAAGUGAAGAAUUUACAACACCAGUUAUCUGAUGCAAAUCAACGACAUCAUGAGGUCGUGUCUGUGUAUAGAAUGCACCUUCUGUAUGCAGUUCAGGGUCAAAUGGAUGAAGAUGUUCAGAAGGCUCUGAAACAGAUUUUGACAAUGUGCAAAUCUCAGCCACAGACGAAGUAAUUUAUAUGUAUAUAUAAAACAUUACUUAGCCAACCUUUGUCUAAUGUUCAAUUGUCACUGCUGUUAAAAUGAAUGAGUACGGGAUAAUUUACAGUUAAAACUGCAGAAAAAUGUUUACAGGAGCUUUCUUUGUUCUACCUACUAACUGUAUGUACAUUAUAUUAAAAUGUGUAAUCAGUUUGUUUGUACCAAAAUUCCAAUAGCAAAAAUUCAUUGGAACAAGCUAGUUUGUACAGUUGUUAUCAUAUUUGCUCAGAACAUAUUUAGUUUGUUGAUCAUGCCAUUGGAACUGCAAGCUCUUGAUACCUGUGGUUAGGGAAUGGUAUGAAUCACCAGAAACACAAGUAUCCAACAUCAGAUACUUAACAAUACAAUUGUACAAUAAUUUAAUGAAUGUUAUGGGUACACAGGAAAUACUGAAUGUACUGGAGAAGCUAAUGCCAUCUUGUCAUCACGGGCCAAAGGGCCUAUUUCCACACUGUAGGGAUUUUAUAUUUGACCUACAGAUGUAUACAAUGUAGCUGGGGGGAAGCAGUGUAAACUGAAGAGAAAAAGGGCAAUUUGUGGAAAUUGGAAAAGUAUUGGUUUGAAUACCGAGAGUCUAAGCAAGAGAAAAAUGCAAAGUACAAAUGAAAAGCAGACAAGUGAACAUUUCUGUUGGAUUAAUUACAUUUUGUAUGUGACCUUUUGAUUAUUGCUGAAAGUCCUUAAAUUGGAUUAUUUCUACUCCUGGCAUGUUGGUUUGUGGAAUCUUGCCAUUCCUUUCUGCAUACUUGUCCUCUUUUGCACCAUGAUAUGGUCCAAUCUCAAUUAUGAAUGUAAAUGCUACAUGCUUAUUCAAUAAUUUUACAAUCAUUACUCUACUCCCGUCAUCUCAACACAAUGUACAGAAUUUCAGAUUUUUUUAAACCUUAUGAGUAGGAUCAUUCCUUGCAGCAUUUAACACCUCGUUAGGCAUUAUCUGGUUCGAGGUGGCCUUUCCACGACUCCCUGGCAGAAUUCCCUCAAGAGUGCUGUCAGCAAAAGUCCCAUUGGCACCCAGGGAAUGACCGCUAGACCCAGUCUCUUGAGUCGGUGUACUGGAGCCCCAGCAUGGGUGUGAACUCAUGAAUAGGGGAAGGGAGAACCAGAGGGUGGAGGAGAGGGUAUUGCUUUGAAAGCCAGGCGUAGAGAGAACACCUGCAAGGCAAAGACACUGGAUUUUGAAAGGAGACCAGAAAUGGAAACAGCACGAUGGCACAAUGCCACCCCACUUGGCCUUAGCAAGAUAACCUAAUGUGCACCUCCCACUUCCUCGAGCCCCUCCCAUUAGCCUGAGUGGGAAAUUCCACUUUAAGGUGCAAACUGGGGCAAAAGCUGUGUUUCCCAUUUUAGGAUUCACCCCCAUCCCGUAAAAUUUCAGCCAGGUCAGGGGAUAACAGGGAGAUAAGACACCCGUUUUUUUUUUAAUAGACCUCCCUGCCAGCUAACCUGUUAGCAGGAGUCCACAAAAUUCUGUCUGUAUGACUUUGGUUGACAUAAAUGAAACAUUUGCCUGCACUAGGUUUGCAAUUAAGAUAUGUUGCACCAUUAGAAACAAUAGAGUCAACUGAUGCUUCUCGUUCUCCAUGACCUAAGAGCAUUAGUAGUUUGCUCAUAAGGCUUAAGAUAAAAUAGAUGAUGUGUUAAACUUCUUUCAAAUACUAUUAUAUGCAGUGUACAGCAUAAUUUUGAUAUACAAAGCUGCAACUACCUAACAAUUCUCAUGCCAUUUGAGUCAAAAGUUAUAAAUUAAACAGCAAAUGGUGAAA